AUGGUCAGACCGACAAUCGGGUUUUGCUGUGCUUUGGGCAAUGCCAUCACGGCACUGACCGUUUCACAGCCCGUUGUGGUGGAAACUUUGGGUCACACACCCGCUGGAUGGAGAAAUUUAGGACCCGCGAACCACAAUCAACUGAUUCGACUCUCGAUAACCUUGCAGUCUCGUGGUGAGGGGCUUCUUGAAAAGACACUUGCGCAAAUCGCGGAUCCAGGGCACCCGAAAUACGGCCAGCAUCUAUCUCGCGACGAGGCAUCAAAACUUCUUGGGCCUUCGCAGGACGCCGUCGACUCUGUGCGACGAUGGCUAGUCUCUGCGAACAUCCCGCAAAGCCGAAUCGACUACAGAGAACAUUCCAUAGACACUGUUGUCUCCAUGAAAGUAGCCGAAAAGCUAUUGUCGACCGAAUAUCGCGUCUUCGAGCGAGACGAUGGGCGCAAGGCGAUUGGAACUCUCUUUUAUUCGGUACCAGUCCAUGUACGACCCUACAUUACAGCUAUUCAGCCAACGACGUUUUUUGAGCUCUCGGCCUCGAACAAACGGUUACGUUGGACUCAGUCGGGAUCAAUCGAUUCCUGCCGUUACAGCCGCAGGAAUAUUACCGAUGCCCAGGUGCAGCAUUCAAGCCAGAAGGCUGAAUGUGACAGACUCAACACGCCAUUUUGCCUUCGAGAACUCUACAAGAUGUGGAAUCCCUUGUCCAUGCCAGAUGCAAAGUCACUUUUGGGAGUGGUUGGUUUCAGCGAGCAAGCCGCUCAAUACGAUCAGCUGGAAAAAUACUUGAACCAAUACGCAGCAUACGCAAAAGGCGCCACGUUCUCCGUCGAGCUCAUUAACAAUGGCACCAACCCCCAGGGAAUUAACUACCCAGGAGGUGAAGCCAACAUGGACAUUCAAAUUGCUGUCGCCAUGGCAUACAAAGUUCCUGUUCGGUUUUACUCUACAGGAGGGGAAGAUCAUGGCUUCAUGCCAGAUUUGGAUAUUUCGGAUCGCGGGAAAGAGCACAUUGAGCCAUGGUUCCAGUUUGUCAGUCACAUGCUGGAACUCCCUGACCACGAGCUGCCACAGGUUAUGUCAAUUUCGUAUGGCGUCAAUGAGCAGGCAGUCCCCAGGGUAUAUGCUCAAAAGAUUUGUGACAUGUUGGGACAGCUGACUGUUCGCGGCAUGUCGAUUAUUACUGCGUCUGGCGACACAGGACCAGGCGUGUCGUGCCAAUCGAAUGACGGCACCAACACGACCAAAUUUUUGCCUUCUUUUCCAGCAACUUGUCCCUAUGUCACGUCUGUCGGCGGCACUGAAGGACGCGAGCCCGAACAAGCGUUGAACUUUUCGUCCGGGGGGUUCUCCGAGUACUGGGACCGCCCAAAGUGGCAAGAUUCUGCAGUUAUCCCGUUCUUGGGCAAGCACGGCGACAAGUGGAAAAAGUACUACAACGCCAACGGACGGGGGUACCCGGAUGUAGCAGCGCAAGGAAUAAACUACCCCAUCUUCAACCAUGGCAAGGUUGAAAGUGGUGGAGGAACCAGCGCAUCCGCUCCACUCUUCGCUUCCAUGAUUGCCCUUAUAAAUGACGAUCGGAUGAAGCACGGGAAACCACCGUUGGGGUUUCUAAACCCCUGGCUUUACCAGCAUGGCUUGCGGGCCUUUACCGACAUUACCAAAGGCAGGUCAGAAGGGUGUAAAGGCACGAGCUAUAGCCAUGCUCCUGCACCUCUCAUACCAGAAGCGGGAUGGGAUGCCGUAGAAGGCUGGGAUCCGGCGACGGGGCUCGGAACACCAAAGUUCGACGAGCUGCGCAGGUUGGCUUUGUCCUGCGGCAGACGGGGCCAAGGAGCACGGACGGUGAUGGACUCGGGCGGCCUGGGAGGAGGGGCCAGAGGGAGGGACUGA